GCCAGCAUGGUCCGGCGUGUGGCCGUGAUCGGGGCUGGGGCUGGGGGCUUGGCCUCUGUCAAGUGCUGCCUGGAUGAGGGGCUGGAGCCCACCUGCUUCGAGAGCAGCGAGGACAUCGGCGGCAUCUGGCGCUACACGGACUCCACAGACAACAGGAGGAUCACUGUGUACCGCUCAGUCAUCACCAACACCUCCAAGGAGAUGUCCUGCUUCAGCGACUUCCCCUUCCCCGAGGAUUUUCCCAACUACCUGCCCCACAGCCUGGUCCUGGAAUACCUCAGGAUGUACGCCCGGCACUUCGACCUCCUGCGGCACGUACGCCUCCAGACAACAGUUCUCAGUGUGAGGAAGUGCCCGGAUUUCGGCGCCUCAGGCCAGUGGGAGGUGGUCACCGAGACCCAUGGUGUCCGUGAGUCCCAUGUCUUCGAUGCUGUCAUGGUUUGCACUGGCCACUACCAGGAGCCCUACUUGCCAUUGGCUUCUUUCCCAGGCAUUGAAAGUCGCUUCAAAGGCCAGUGCCUCCACAGCUGGGAGUACAAAGACAUGCAGGCUUUCCAAGGGAAGCGCGUCCUGGUGGUUGGCAUCGGCAACACCGGCGGUGACCUCUCCGUGGAGCUGAGCCAUGUGGCUGCCAAGGUGUUCCUCAGCACCAGGAGCCACACGUGGGUCAUCAGCCGGGUCUCACACCACGGCUUCCCCUUGGACAUGGUCAGCACCACCCGCUUCAACUCCCUCCUGGACUGGCUUCUCCCAUCAGCCCUCACAAGGAGAAUCAAGUUUCAGAAGUUCAAUUCAUGGUUCAACCACACAAACUAUGGCUUGGCUUCCAGCAAGAGCUCCAAAUUUAAGAUGAUUAUCAAUGAAGAGCUGCCAUUCUGCCUCCUCUCUGGGACUGUGGUGCUGAAGCCAAACGUGAAGGAGUUCACUGAAAGCUCUGCUGUUUUUGAAGAUGGGACAACCGAAGAAAACAUUGACGUGGUGCUCUUUGCCACGGGCUACAACUUUUCCUUCCCUUUCCUUGAGGAGUCUCUUCGCAGCGCCAUCGACGACAACCGUUCCCUCUACAACUGCAUCUUCCCUCCCCAGCUGGAAAAGCCCACGCUGGCCAUCAUUGGCCUGAUCCAGCUGACGGGCUCCAUCAUGGUGGGGUCAGAAAUGCAGGCUCGCUGGGUGACAGGGGUCUUUGCAGGCUGGAACAAGCUGCCUCCUCCCAGCAGGAUGAUGGCUGAGGUUUCGAAGAGGAAGCCACCAGUUAAAAGGAAUCCAUCUGAGAGGGAGAACCUGAAGAUGAGUUUCAUCAGCUACGUGGACAAAAUCGCUGCGUGCGCUGGCGUCAAGCCCAGCGUGUUGAGGUUGCUGCUGACAGACCCCCGGCUGGGCCUGGCCAUCUUUUUUGGGCCCUGCUCCCCGUACCAGUACCGGCUGGUGGGCCGGGGCAGCUGGAGCGGGGCCAGAGCUGCCGUCCUCACCCAGUGGCAGCGCUCGCUGAAGCCCCUGAGGACGCGGCUGCUGCGGGACAGCUCCAGCGGCUCCUCGGGCUGGGGCUGGAUGUGCCUCCUGGCUCUGCCAGCAGCGCUCACCGCAGCUUGGCUCUUCAAAUGCUGGAGCCCUCGGGCAGGGCCCCGGCUGUAG